AAACCUCUGCGCAGAUCACAACCUCCGCUAGCUUCGCCAUCCGCUUAACCACAGCACCUUACCUUUCCUCCCCUCUUACUCCUUCGGCACUCUGCUCGCCUCAAGCUUGCUCGCCGCCUCGCCCUCUGUACUAACUCCCAGAUCUCCAAAGCCGCCGCAGAUCCUUCUCCCGAUCGCGUCUCGAUGGCCACCAGGUCGGUUUCUUGAUCCCUUGAUCCUGAAUUCCAGCAAGGUUGCCAUGGAGCUUGCUGCGGCGAGGCGUGGAUGCAAGGUCUGCGGGAAGAGCUUCCCGUGCGGCCGGUCGCUCGGGGGCCACAUGCGGUCCCACCUCUCGCUCGGCGACGCGGCGGCGGAGGUCGAUGCCGACAACGAGCUGAGGCGUGCUUCGGCGGACGGUGGACGAAGCUCCAAUGGCGCUGUCGGGUACGGGCUGAGGGAGAACCCCAGGAAGACGCGGCGGCUGUCCGACUUCGCCGAAGAGAAAGAGGAGGACGGUGGCGAUGUCGAUGUCGAUGGCGAGCACAAGGCGUGCCGGGAGUGCGGUAAGCUGUUCUCGUCGUGGAGGUCGCUCUUCGGGCACAUGCGAAACCAUGCGUUCGGCGGGAGAGAUCGCGACGAGGACGAAGACGUGGACGUGGAAGAGGAGUUCGUUCCCGAGGAGGCGGAGGCAGAGUAUGCGGAGAUGGUGGUGCCGAUGGAGGCGCCUGUGCCGGCGCCGGCGACGGUGUUGGCCGCGGCCCCCAUGAGGAGGCGCCGGUCGAUGUGCGUGGCGGCGCCGGCCCCCGCGCCGCCGCCGGUGCCGAGCGGGUUCGAGAAGGAGCAGGAGGACGUCGCGCUCUGCCUCUUGAUGCUCUCACGCGACACCGGCCUGUGGAGCUCGCCAGUCAAGGAGGAGCCUUUCGAGAAGGGGAACGAGCACAAGAAGGCGACGAUGAAGCAGGCGCGCCUCCCAAGAAACGGCCGCGCUUACGAUUCCGAGGACGAUUCAGCUCUGCUUCAGUACGGCGAUGCCAAGAUCAAGAGCGGCGUCGCCAAGAGCAGGAAGCGAAGCUCGCCGAAACAGCAACGCGAGGCCGUGGCGACGAAGCGGACCCGGUACGAGUGCCCCGGGUGCGGCAAGGUGUUCAGUUCGUAUCAGGCGCUCGGCGGCCACCGCGCGAGCCACAAGCGGAUCAACACCAGCUGCAGCGCCCCCAAGGUCACCCCCGCCCCCGCCCCCGCGCCGGAGCCGAGCGUCGAGACGUACACAUCGUUCAGCAUCCUGUCCCCCUCGGCCUCGCCGGACUCGGUGGCCAUCGGCAUUAGCAAGGCGAAGGCGGCCGUGGAGAAGUUCGAAUGCCCGGUCUGCUUCAGGGUGUUCGCGUCCGGUCAGGCGCUCGGCGGCCACAAGCGGUCGCACGUGAUGGCCGACGACGACGGCGAGCUCUACGCCGCUGGCGCGGACCAGGAGCAGCAUUCCGUGGCGGUGGGCGGGUUUCUUGAUCUCAACCUCCCGCUGGCUCCACUGGAGGAGGCUUGAAGCUCGGUCGCGCUGGCUGUACCGAACCAAGCUUGAUCCGCAAAUCGAGGUGAUCAAUGGGGAGGAUGUGUACAGAUUCAAUGCAUUUCAUUUUUUCAAGCAUCAAACUUAAGCGUCUUCGAGGAGAAUUAAGAAGAGUUCAGAGUUUUCUCAGGUUACCUCAAUUGUUUAGCAUUUUUCUUUAGCUUUCUGUUCUUCAAGGUACUAAAUCAAUAAGCCUAUGAUAUGAUGAUCUGAUCUCACAGUAGCUGAGCUGAUUCAGUUACUGGGU